GUCAAGGCCGAGUCAACCAGCUAGGCGGUGUCUUCAUCAACGGUCGUCCCUUACCAAACCACAUCCGGUUGAAAAUCGUGGAAAUGGCGGCCGCCGGAGUGAGACCUUGCGUGAUAUCCAGACAGCUCCGAGUGUCGCACGGUUGCGUGUCGAAAAUUUUGAACCGCUAUCAGGCGACUGGGAGCAUCAGACCUGGUGUAAUAGGAGGAUCGAAGCCAAGAGUGGCGACAGCAGACAUAGAGGAGAGGAUAGAGGAACUGAAGAAGGAGCAACCCGGGAUUUUCUCAUGGGAGAUACGAGAGAAACUGAUCAAA